CCGGGUCCGGCCCCUCCCGGAGCCCUGUGCCCACAGCUGUCGCAGCUGCUUCCAGCACACUCCAGUCCUCUCUGCUCGGGGCAGGUCCCAGCGCUGGGGCUGCUCUAGCUUGCACAGCCCGGCCAGCUCCUUCACUCUGUGUUUUUGUGCUUGUCUUUCCAGUUGCCUGGCUUGCCAGAAGAAGGGGCUGACAUGGUGGCUACUUGCUUGCACCUAUCUGGAUUUGCCUGUAGCUUUGUCGGCUGGAUCGGCCUGAUCGUGGCCACCGCCACCAACGACUGGGUAGUGACUUGUGGUUACACCAUUACCACCUGCAGGAAAAUGGACGAACUGGGAUCCAAAGGGCUGUGGGCAGACUGUGUCAUGGCAACAGGGCUCUAUCACUGCAAGCCACUAGUGGACAUCCUCAUAUUACCAGGCUAUGUUCAGGCGUGUCGAGCACUGAUGAUUGCUGCCUCAGUUCUGGGCAUCCCAGCAAUCUUCUUGCUGGUUACUGUUCUGCCCUGCAUACGGAUGGGCCACGAGCCAGGAGCUGCCAAGUACCGUCGUUCCCAGCUGGGAGGAAUCCUGAUCAUUCUCUUGGCAAUGUGUGGCGUCGUUGCGACCAUCUGGUUCCCUGUUUGUGCUCACCGUGAGACCACCAUCAUGAGUUUUGGAUACUCCCUUUACACCGGCUGGAUUGGGUCUGCCCUCUGCCUCUUUGGGGGCUGUGUCAUUGUUUGUUGCUCAGGGGAUGCUCAGUCCUUUGGAGAAAACCGCUUCUACUAUGCAUCAGGAUCUAGUUCUCCAACCCACGCUAAGAGUGCUCAUGUAUAAGUACCACUGAGACUUCUCAGAGCCAUCAUCAGAUGCUUUUGCAGGUGGGCAUAUGUAUUUGGGUUUGCUCCUCCCGUUGCACACACCACUCUCACGCUCCCAGUGGAAGAGUUAGAAAAACAUCAUGAGCGUCUGGAAUUUUAUAGCAUUAACUCCCCCGCCCCGUUGCCAUGAAAGAAACCUCUAGCAAGAAGAGCAGAUAAAUCCUCCCGUAUUUUUUUUGCUGAUUUUCCUACACUCUUUGUUCAUGACGCUCUUGGACGGUUCCAUGUUAUCUGGUGGUGGUUUAGUUACUCUUUAUUCCAACUCACCAGAUUAUGGGAGUGUUAAAGAAAAAAGAUACUGUCUCACUGUUAAGAGAAUUCAUGUAACUUCUCAGAAUGCAUUACCAUUGGCUUUUCCCACUCAAGGUCACUUCUUUGGCAAAGAUAGGUUGGAAAGGGCAGGGAAGAAGGCUCUGUACUUUCCAACCCCACAAAUGUGUUUUUUUCAUAAGAUUAGCGGGGUUGUUUGCUUUUCUCUGUAAAUGCUUUGUUAGGAGUUUGAUCAUUUUGAGUAAUGUUUUUCCCCAAAUUCAUCAGUAUGAAGGAAACAAAACCCAAAGGCUCUAAUUACAAGGUGAAUAACAGUGCACAUGUAUAUAGCUUUGAAUGACACUGGGGCCUCUAAUCCCCGUUAUCCAUUUUUUUUUUGUACAGAUUGGUUACUAAAAAGUGUAUUUUUACAGUGUUUGUUUUUUUCUUUUUUAAAUUGCUUUCUUUUAUUCCAAUUAAUUUGUGUUCUGUCUUGCAUCAUAAAAGUGGAACAUUUUUUAACAUUCAGUAUAAUGUACCAGUUACAAACACAAUAAAUUCUGGUGAAUACUGA